AUGAAAGCUGCUGCAGCCUUGUCAUGCGUGGCCGUUGCCAACGCGUUUAUCCUUCCCGACCCCAAGAUUUUCGAGCAGGCGGCCAUUAAGAACGAUGACCACGCCAACCGAGGUUCCUGGUGGGACCGUGUGCCUUCCAAGGAUUCUAUCGUGAACACCGUCGAGGAUGGCAUUGAUUCCUUGUCCUCACACAUUGAGGGUGCAUUGCACUCCUUCGAGGAGACUGUUGAGAACAAAUUCGAUCACCUUUUCGAGGAGGAAAUUUUCAAUGAGCCCAAGGUUUCCGACAAGACCAUCUACGAGCUCAUUUCAAAGAGCGAGCACACCACAGAGUUUGCCAAGCUCGUCAACGAAUACGAGGACAUUGUCAACGUCUUGAAGAGCACCGAGGCGAACCACACUCUCUUCGUGCCAACAAACCGCGCCUUUGAGCACCUGCCCAAGCACAAGAAGCCGAGCAAAGAGGUCAUCGAGGCCAUUCUCAAGUACCAUGUGGGUAUUGGCGACUACGAUGCGAAGAGGGUUCUCCGUACACACACUCUCCCCACAUUGCUCAACGAGAAGUUCCUCGGCGACAAGCCCCAGCGUCUUCGCACCAGUGUCGGUCUCGGCGGUGUGCGCAUCAACUUCUACGCCAAGGUUGUUGCCGUCAACAUUCGUGCCAAGAAUGGAAUUAUUCACGCUGUCAACAGCCUGAUCAUCCCGCCACCCAUGGUCGGCCGCGAACUCACUCUUCUCCCCAGCCAGUUCUCCACGCUCCUCCUUGCAUACGAGAAGACCGACUUCGUCAAGUACAUUCACGGGGUCAAGUCCACUGGCACCACCGUCUUCGCCCCCUCCAAUAAUGCCUUCGCUCGCCUCGGACCCAGGGCCAACGCCUUCCUGUUCAAUACUGAUCUCGGUGUCAAGUACCUCAGAGCUCUGCUCAAGUACCAGAUUGUUGGAAACUCGACCCUUUACAGCGAUGCAUUGUACCGCCCUGACGAGAAGAAGGAUGCCAGCACCAUGGAGCACUACCACGUUGAUCUUCCUACCUUGUUGGGCAAGAACAUCGCCGUCGAUGUUGCUACUUGGGGUGGCUGGACCAAGGUCAAGCUCAACGGCUAUAUCCCCAUUGUCGUCGCCGAUGGAAUCGCCAAGAAUGGUGUCAUUCACGUCCCUGGUCGCGUCCCGAUCCCUCCCCACAAGCAUAAGGUUGACUACGUCGAUGGCGAGAUUGAGGUUGAGGAUUUGAAGGAGAGACUUUCUGAGUACGUCAACGAGAAGGAGAAUGAUGCGAACUGGCUUGGCGAGGAGUUGUAA